CUAAAAUAACCAGCCUCCAUCGAUCAGAUCCGUAGCCUCCAAAAAAACCCCUCCACAUCUGUUCGCACUUCUACACCCAUCGUCCAAAAAAAACCCUCCAAUACUCCAUCGAUCGUCCGCCCUUCCCAGCUGCAGCCUCCGAACGCCGACCCUCCCAGCCCCAGCUGCAGUCGUCGCACGCCCUCCCUCCUAGCCGCAGACGUCGCACGCGGCUCCUCCCAGAUGUAGCCGCUGAACGCUGCUACAACUCCGCCCAACGCCGCUACAACUCCGCCCAACUCCGCCCAACUCCGCGCAUCUCCUCCAGUAGCGGCUGAACGCCGCCCAACUCCGCUCCCUUCUAGUACACCUUUGCCGACUCAGUGGCUGAAUAGAGAUGAAUCGAAGCUGGAUGUACGGUAAACGGAACACAUUGGAAUUUAUGAAUGGGGUAGCUGAGUUUUGCAAAUGUUGUUUAGAAUACAGAGCGUUGACUGGUUAUGAUGAGUUAUAUUGUCCUUGUGUUGAUUGUGCCAACAUAUAUUCAUUCCGGUCAAUAGAGACAAUCAGAGAACAUUUAAUUCGCCGUGGAUUUAGGCAAGAAUACUAUGUAUGGGUGUGGCAUGGCGAGAAAGGAGGGUAUACAGAAGAUCAAACCAAAGUCAAUGAGAUGACCAAUAUCACAAUCGAGAAUCUUUCUGAUGCGGAGGGUGAGAAUAAUGAGGAGACUGAAAGUGAAAGUGAAGGUGAAGGUAACGAUGAAGAUGAUAUUGAAGAUAAUGAUGAGAGUGACAACGUAGAUCAAAUCAAUGAGAUGAUGGGUGAAGUGAAAGAUCACUUUAGUGGACGACCACGUAUAUUUGAAAGUUUGUCACAAGCAGCAGAAAAACCAUUAUAUCACGGGUGUACAAAAUACACAAAGCUAUCUGCCGUGAUAACACUUUAUAAUGUGAAAGCCAAGAACAAUUGGAGCGACACAAGUUUCACAUCCUUACUGGAAGUAUUACAUGACAUGCUUCCUGAUGGAAAUGAAAUGCCAAAGUCAAAUUAUUAUGCGAAGAAGCUCAUGUGCCCGUUGGGUUUAGAGUACAAAAAGUUUGAUGCAUGUCCCAAUGAUUGUGUCUUGUACCGAAAUGAAUAUUGCAUGUUGAACAAAUGUCCACGUUGUGGUAAGUCACGGUACAAGCGCAAUGAUGUCGACUCAAAUAGUGAUAAGAAAGGUCCACCGGCAAAGGUGUUGUGGUAUCUUCCCAUAAUUCCGAGGUUGAAACGCCUAUUUUCGAUAAAGGCAAAUGCAAAAUAUUUGAGAUGGCAUGGAGAGCAGCGAAAGAAAGAUGGGAUGUUGAGACAUCCUGCCGAUUCUCCCCAAUGGAAGACUAUUGAUGAAUCAUUUCCAGAUUUCGGUAAAGAAGUGCGGAAUCUAAGAUUAGCUCUAUGCACUGAUGGAAUGAAUCCAUAUGGGAGCUUUAGUAGUCAACAUACUACAUGGCCGGUUCUUUUGGUUAUAUAUAACCUGCCACCAUGGUUGUGCAUGAAGCGCAAAUAUAUGAUGUUGUCGCUUCUAAUAUCUGGACCUAAACAACCCGGGAAUGACAUUGAUGUCUAUCUUGCCCCUCUCAUUGAUGAUUUGAAGACGUUGUGGGAUGAAGGUGUUUCAGUGUUUGAUGCACAUACUCAGGAGUACUUCAAAUUGCGUGCCAUGCUGUUUUGUACUAUAAAUGAUUUUCCAGCAUAUGGUGACUUAUCUGGGUAUAAAGUGAAAGGAAAGCAACCAUGUCCGAUUUGUGUUGAUGAUAUGGACUCCACAUAUCUACCUCAUUGGGGGAAGUAUGUUUAUAUGAAGACUCGAAGGUUUCUUCCUUGAUAUUUCGGAACUAUGUUGUUUAUAACGUUGAGUGUUUUCAUAAUAGUGUUUUUAGAAAUAUUUGUGGUGGUGGACAAGUGAAAAAGAUAACUUGGAAACAGAUGAAGUGCGCAAAACAAACGGGUGGUUUGGAAUGUGGAUUUUAUAUAAUGAGAUUCAUGUUUGAUGUUGUUAAAAGUAUCGCUGAAGGUCACGAUCUGGAUCAGGUGUACACGAGCAACGUAAGAGAUGAUGCGCUGUCAAUGGCAGAAAUCGGUGAAAUCCGUGAUAUGUGGGCUAUAUUUGUUUCUGACAAUUUCUUGUAAACUCUUGUAUGAAUCAUGUAUGUUAACAAUAUACUCCGUACAUUUUUGUUGCUUCAGAUGUUAUUGACAUUGUAAUGUGCUUUUUUGGUGGUCUAAAACUUGUAUUGUAAUGAUUGAGAACUUGGAUGGUUAGAAAUACAGGUUUCUUGGUGAUCUAAAAUUUGU